UUAUUUUCUGUUUUUACAAAAUUCCAAUGACAUGACAUUCCUCAAGCUCAUCAACAUAAUUUAGAACGUGCUUUAAGUAAUCACAGCUCAGAACUCUGAUGUGUGUGAUGUCACAUUCCCUGUUGCUUGCAGAACUCUGGGAAUCUCAGACCCAGAGACUCACACCAGUCAGAGACUUUCAUCAGAUAUCACUGUAGUUCUGGACUUAUUGUGUUGGAAAACCUAAUAACUUCAUUAUUGCGAUAUCUUGGAGAAAGACUCUGCUACGGAGAAGGCCAGGACCUGUCGUGAAGCUGCACUCAGUAGAGAGAGAAUGAGCGACAGCCGGACGCCGCCACAGAAGCCUGCAGAGGACGCCAAGACCAGGAGGAUGAAGAGGAAGGCCAGUCCGGACCAGGGCAACCCGAAGAGGAGUAGGAUCUCUGGUUCCGGAUCCAGAAAGCCUGAGGAGGCAGUCCCAGACGCGGUCAAGGCACCGCUGAAGAGGAAGAGGGGACUACUGAGAGAUGACCUCAACGACCCGAUGGAGGGCUGCAGCCAAGAUGUGGACCAGAGGCCCAAGAAGGUCGCCAGGAGGAGGACUCCCCCGAAAGCCACGGAGCUGAACGGUAAGGCCGGCAAAGAUGGCGAGAAACCGGGCGGGAAGAGGAAGAGGAAGGCUGCCACUGAUGCCGAGGAACCGAGCCAGAAGAGGCAGAGGAGCGAGGAGGAGGAGAAAGAGCCCAAAGAGGUUCCCACCAGACAGCUGCUGUCUGCAGACGCUCAAAAGGCACAAUUUGGGGCCAAAUACAAGCAGCAGAAACUUCUUGGUCAAGGAGGCUGUGGAUCUGUGUUUGCUGGCUAUCGCAGAUCAGAUAAAUUGCCAGUAGCCAUCAAACACGUUGAGAGAGACAAAGUGCUGGUCAAACAUGUGGAUGACAGCGGGAACCGGGUCUCCGUGGAGGUAGCCGCGAUGUUAAAGCUUGCGGAUGCAACAAACGGACCAGUGGGGACGUCGGCCACCAUAUCCCUGCUGGACUGGUACGACCUGGACCACAAGCUGAUCCUGGUCAUGGAGAGACCGGUCCCCUGCAUGGACCUCCUGGGCUACACCCAGAAAAACGGAGGCAGACUCCAGGAGGAAGAGGCCAAGAUCAUCAUGAAACAACUAGUUGAUGCGGCGCUAGAACUUCAGGAGAACCACAUCUUUCAUCGGGACAUCAAGGUGGAAAACAUCCUGAUUGAGACUGGCUCCGAUGUGCCACGAGUUCGUCUCAUCGACUUUGGACUGAGCUGCUUUGUCAAGAAAGGUUCUUUUUUCCGCACCUUCUAUGGAACUGCAGCUCACAUCCCCCCAGAGUGGUAUGUCCGGUCCAGGUACACGGCCGGGGCCACCACGGCAUGGCAGAUGGGAGUGGUUCUGUUUGAAAUACUCCACAGCACUGAGCCGUUUGAGACCGUGAGGUUUGCAGGAAGGAAGCUGAAAAUAUGUAAGUAUCUUUCACAGAGCUGCCAGGAUUUCUUACGGAAGUGUUUGACCAUUGACCCCAAGGAUCGCAUCACCCUGCAGCAGCUCCAGAAACACCAAUGGCUCAGAUAAACCAUCACACACACACACACACACACACACAUUUUAUGCCUCCUUUCCACACAGCCCUACAUGUUAUUUGUCACCAAUGCAUGUUCUUCCCGUGUCACGUUGGGUUCUCUCCGGGUA